AUGUCUUUGUUUCAGGAGGACCCCAAGAAUAUCCACAAUUUCAUUCGGGCUAGUCUCCCUUUGGAUCCCAAGAAGCUCUGCGAGUCCGUGCCUCUUCCCUACUCCGAAAAACCAGGCUACUCCGCAGUCUACAGAAACAAAUACUCCGUAGAUGGCUUGAUAACCAGACCUCACCCAUCAUUGGCAACCUUGUUCGACUUGCACGAAGUGGCCGCCCGUUCCCAGCCAGAUUCUCCAUGUUUUGGUGUCAGACACAAGCAAGCAGACGGUACAUAUGGUCCUUACCAAUGGAUCAACUACCAGGAAGUCUACGAUAGAAAGGUCCACUUCGGUUCUGGUGUCUUCUUCAUCUUACAGAACAACCCUUACAGAACCAACUCACCAGUCCACCAGAAGAUCCACUACGAUCCACAGGCCACUGAGUCUCCUUUCGUGUUGUCGAUUUUUUCGGCCAACAGAGCCGAGUGGGUUACUACAGAUAUGGCUUGUUCUGCUUACUCCUUGACAUCUACUGCUUUGUAUGACAGUUUGGGUGCCCAGACAUCUAAGUACAUUUUGUCCUCGACAGAAAGUCCUAUUGUUGUCAGUUCCAAAGAUAAGUUGAAGAGCUUGAUUAAGUUGAAGGCCGAAGAUCCAGAGACCUUGUCUAACUUGAUUACAUUGGUUUCGAUGGAUCCCCUUGAUCCAAAGACUGAUGAAGCUCUUGUAAAGUAUGCCAACGAUAAUAGAAUCACGUUGUUCGAUUUUGACCAGGUGCUCAAGUUGGGUGAAAUAAACAAGUUGCCCCAGAUUCCUCCUAAACCAGAGACUAUCUACACCAUUUCGUUUACCUCUGGUACUACGGGUGCCAACCCCAAGGGAGUUCUUUUGACCCAUGCGAAUGCUGUGUGUGCUGUCACUUUCUGUUACUCCAACAUUACCUUACCAGAAUCUCCUACCGUGUACUGUUUCCUUCCCUUGGCCCAUAUUUACGAGAGAAUGAGUAUCUCAUUUGCUUUAUCGAUGUGUGCAGCUAUCGGUUUCCCACAGUCGCCUUCCCCACUUACUUUGAUGGACGAUAUUAAGCAUUUGAGACCUCACUUCUUGAAUCUUGUUCCUAGAGUAUACACCAAGUUGGAGGCUGCGUUGAAAGCACAGACUUUCAACAGUGACAAGCCAAUUAUCAAGUCCCUUUUCUCUGCUGCCAUCAACAAAAAGAUGGAAUUGCAAGCUGUUGAGGAUGGAGCACAAGGAAAGCACAUUGUAUACGACCAAGUUGUACAACUUUUGCGUAAGAAGAUUGGUUUCGAUAGACUUAUUGCAGUGACAACUGGUUCGGCACCAAUUUCUCCAGAAACGCUUAAGUUCAUCAAGGCUAGUUUGAACACUGGUAUGUCGCAGGGUUACGGGUUAACCGAGUCGUUUGCUGGUGUUUGUACUUCGCUUAAGUACGAGGCCAAUCCUGGUUCCUGUGGUGCCAUCUCUAUCACUACUGAGAUGAGAUUGCGUGAAGUUCCAGAAAUGAACUACCACGCUCAUGACAAGGGUGGUCCAAGAGGUGAGUUGAUGCUUAGAGGUCCUCAGAUCUUCCGAGAAUACUUUAAGAAUCCCGAAGAAACCGCCAAAGCCAUAGACUCCGAAGGCUGGUUUGCUACUGGUGACAUUGCCAGAAUCGAUGCCACUAACGGUAACAGAAUCUACAUCAUCGACCGUGUGAAGAACUUUUUCAAGUUGGCCCAGGGAGAGUACAUAACCCCAGAAAAGAUCGAGAACACGUACUUGUCGCAGUUCCCUUUCAUCCAACAGUUAUACGUACACGGUGAUCCUUUGAAGACCCACUUGGUGGCUAUUGUUGGUUUGGACCCUGCCACCGUCGAUUCGUAUAUCAAAAGAAAAUUCAACGACAUCUUAAGCAAUCAGGAUGAUAUUGUUGAUUUCUUCAGAAAUCCAAAGCACAGGUUGGCUCUUUUGGAGGACAUGAACAGCUCAGUUGGAGGCUUGUUACAGGGUUACGAGAGGAUCCACAACAUCAAGGUCGACUUUAAUCCUUUGACAAUCGAAGACAACGUCAUCACUCCUACGUUGAAAAUCAAGAGACCCAUCGCUGUCAAGUUCUUCAAGGAAGAUUUCGAUGCCUUGUACGAAGAGGGUUCAUUGAUUAAGCCGGAUGCUCAUAAAUUGUAA